CAUCUCGGCAUUUUGGUUUGUUUACAUGCAUUAGCAGUUGUGAGGCGCGAAUCCCCAAGGCUAAAGAAUAUCAUUGUGCUUUCAACAAAGGAAUUGCAAAGUGGGAAGCUGCUGCAACACUGACAUCUCGCCCAAGUCAAGGAAACUGAUCCAGAACAGUAUUUAAGAUGGCAUGUGGUAGUGUUUUUAACCAAAUGCCCACUGACAAUGAAGAGACAAUUCGAUACUGGCUUUUCCCCCACUUGGAGGAUGGAACAUUGAUGACAGAUUUGGAAGCGCUAGAGAAUUUGGCUGCCAAGCUACUUGCUCAUGUUGCAGUGUAUACUCAUCAGUACAUCUGGAAUAAUGAAUCAUUUACUCUGAAAGUGAAGAAAGAAGCAGCAUGUGAUGGAACCUCAGGUGUGCUUGGCCCUCACAUAGCUGGAAUCACAGUUGUAGGGGACUACUUAGAAGAUGAAUGGUUCAUUGUGUUCCUCCUCCUCACCCUUACUAAAGACUUCCCAGACCUUGUGUGUAG